AUGCCAUCUAUUACUGCCACGACUACAACUAUUUCCGUCGGUAAUGGUAAUAAUAAUGCCAUCUUUACUUUGAAAAUGAAAGGUGCAGCCUUGAGCUCAAUAAUUUCAUCAAAAUUAUCAGAUUUAAAAAGUGAUUUUAACAUAGAUACACAUUGUAUCGACGACAUAUCUACAACAAAAAACACUUAUCUAAAUGACCUUGAACCAUGGACAAAUUCAAUUAUUCAUACAGCUAAUCAUCAAAUCUUUUUGCCCAAUUUUCUGGAUAUAAAAACAAUAGCACCAACAAAAAUUUUCCGUUCUCAAUCCACUGAUUCUCAUUAUCUUUCUAAAUCACCAACAGGCUCGUUAUCAUCAUCUUACUCUAACUUGUCAUCCUCUGUCACCAGCAUUUGUUCUGAGAGCCAUAACGAUGAAAUCGUUAUUCUUAGCGCAAAUAGUUUGUACAAUUACAACGGCAAGCAAACUCGAGAUUAUUAUUUUGACGAUGACGACGAUAAUGUCAACGAUGAAGAUUAUUAUGCCUCUUCCUAUUUUUCAUCAUCCAAUACCAAGCCAAUUGACAUUCCAAUGAAAGCUCAAAAGGAGGAUAGUUCAUUAGAACCAAACAAAGGCACAUUCGGAGAAGAUAAUGGAUUUCCUUGA